UGCCGCUCUGACUGGCUCUUCGCGGGGGUUUGGUGCCAAAAUUCUCUGGCUUGACGCAGCGCACUCUGAGCGCACGCCGCCUUUUUUCUUUUAGACACACUCUGCCAAAGUUUCGAUUAAUAUAAGCGGAAUAUUUUGGGGGAGGUAAAAUGGCCCGAGAAACGCAGUAUAACCGCCAGCUCUGGUGAAGGCGGCGAGUGGGCGGCUGAACACCAGCGCCGUGCGUAACACUGGAGGAGCAGGUGGAUGGAGAGCAUAACGGGAUGCAGUGUUCCAGCAGGUCAACGCCGCGUCGGAGCGGUCGGACUCUAUGUUCUCUGCUGAAGGACACCUCGCCACGAUGAGCUUGAUAUGAGGAAGAGGUUUUCAUUUUAAAAAUCAGUCUUGCUCUUUAGCUGUUUCUCUACAGCUGUGAUGUGAUACCUAUGAUUCCAAUUGAACAAAAAUCUGCAGCCACCCCAAAGUCUCAAACUUCCCUGGAUUAUCUUAGAAUUUUAACCUUGAUGUCCUUUUGCCCAGAUUUUCACAGACGUGUUAAAUUUGAUUUAAGGCUGAAACUCUAACCCAUACCCAUUAAUCCACUAUCUCUGAAAUCCUCCAAGAUCACACCUUCACUUUUCACCCUUCAUCAUCUUUAGAUUCUUAAAAUCCUUUGAUUCCUUAAAACCCUUUCUGCCGUCAUGGCCUUGGAUCAGUGGCCUUUCCUGUCAACGUCCCCCAACAUCUCCAUCCCUGAGCCCCUCCUGUAUGACAGCUAUUUCCAAGGGAAUGACUCUGAUGUGGACCUGAACAUCUCAGAGACCAGGGAGUCUCACCAGGACAAGACCAGCUCUGUGGUCAUCACCUUCAUCUACUUUGUGGUGUGCGCCGUGGGGCUCUGCGGCAACACCCUGGUCAUCUAUGUCAUCCUGCGUUAUGCCAAAAUGAAGACGGUGACCAACAUCUACAUCCUGAACCUGGCAGUGGCAGAUGUUUUGUGUAUGAUGAGCCUGCCGUUCAUUGCCCUGCAGUUGUCACUGGUGCACUGGCCCUUUGGAGAGGCACUGUGUAGAGUCAUCAUGACUGUAGACUCUCUCAAUCAGUUCACCAGCAUCUUCUGUCUGAUGGUGAUGAGCAUCGAUCGAUACCUGGCCGUGGUCCACCCUAUUAAGUCCACAAAAUGGCGGAAGCCCCGUGUAGCGAAGCUAAUUAACUUGACAGUCUGGGGGGUGUCGCUCUUAGUCAUCCUACCAACUAUGAUCUUCAGUGGCCUGGACAAGGUGCCAGUGUGUGGCAUUAUGUGGCCAGAGCCCCAGGAUGUCUAUUACAAGGCCUUCAUAUUCUACACCUUCUUCAUUGGAUUCUUCAUGCCUCUGGUUGUCAUAUGUCUGUGCUACCUGCUCAUUAUAGUCAAGGUAAAGUCAUCUGGCAUGAGAGUGGGUUCCAGCAAACGCAAGCGUUCAGAGCGUAAGGUGACGAGGAUGGUGUCCAUUGUUGUGGCAGUGUUCGUCCUCUGCUGGCUACCUUUCUACCUUUUCAAUGUCACCUCUGUCACCAGUUCCAUCAACCCCACCUCUGCAAUGAAAAGCACCUUCGACUUCGUGGUGGUACUUGGCUAUGCCAACAGCUGUGCCAACCCCAUCCUCUAUGCAUUCCUGUCGGACAACUUCAAGAAGAGCUUUCAGAAUGUUCUCUGCCUGAAAAAGGUGACAGGGCUGGACGAGAUAGAGCGCAGUGACAGCAGGGCAGACAGGAGCAGGAUGAUUAGCGACGCCAUCAUCACCAGCACCAAUUUGGAGACUCACAAUGCUGCCCUGCUCAACGGAGAGCUGCAGACCAGCAUCUGAGGGUAAAGGAGCACCAGUCACUUCCAGAGAGAUAAGAAAGAUUGAGCUUGGGGCUUCUGGACAGAUGGGCUGCCAGUGCACUGCUAGUGAUCCCUGCUCAAAGAUGCAAGAACAGGAAGAUGAUUUAAUGGCUGCUGCACAUGGACACUGACACACAAACAAAGUCAAAAUGAAAACUAUACAGCGCUGACUCCAGCUCUUAGCCCUGAAGCAGCGCAAACCUAUACCAGACAAGUGAUGUUGAAAUCCAACAUAAAUAAUAAUGCUUUCACAUUUAGCAACUUGAGGCUUCUGUCGAGAUGUUAGAAGUCUUGCUGACUGAACCAGAAUCAAAACAAGAUGCAGGAUCAAACAGUGGACUGUGGCUGUGGAUCCGCUGCAGAAAUACUGGGGCUAGUUCACCCAUGGUACAGAGAUGACUGAACCCAAUCUUUGCCUUCCAUGACGGAGUUAUCUAUAACUAAGAAGGCUUUGCAUUGACUUCUCUGAAUGUGGAAAUACAGCUGAAGUCAGAUAUUUUAUUGGAAACCAGCCAGCACUCAAAGGUUUUUAGAGACGUUAAAUGAUAAAAAUCAGAAACUACAACACAAGCAUGAACAGUUUCGUGGUCAUGUUUUAUCUAUACCAGCUGAUGGUCUUACAUGAUCAACAGGCCUCUAAACACAUCUUAUUUACUCACAGUCAAAGGUGGUUCUAUUCCCUGACAAUCUGGCAUCUCCACAGGAGGAGCUGCAUUGAUCUGUACACUCUUGAAUUUAACAUCCAGGAUUAUUGAUUAAGUGGAAGGAUGGCAAAACAUCCGUUCUGAGCCUCGCUCCCUUCAGAAGAGCUUGACUUUGUAAAUAGGAAAUGGUUUCCUGUCGACCCAUGGGGAAAGUUUGGCACAUUGAUGACUUUGUGCCUGAACCCAAAUGAAUUUCAAAGGCAGUCCCCACUGUAAAAUUCUGUAUUGUUGUGAGCUGUGUCACUGACAGCUCUUGAUACAUGUUUGUGAAACCCAUCAUCUGUGUUUUAUACUUCACUGAAUUCUGCCCUUUUGUGUCAGCUGUGCAAUUGUAAAGAACCCAUUUCUACUUGUAAAGGCUGUGUUCUGACAACAUAAGAGUUCCUUCUAAUUUCAUAUGUAAACGUAAUCACUACCCUCAGCUUCACAUUUGGUUCAGUUGUCAUUUUUCCUUGCAAAAAUGUCAAAAUUUCACAGAAGGCAGGGAAACGUGUUGCUCAGUCAAAGAGGGAGGGAGAGAGGAGAUAAAGGGACAGAGAGAAAGCAAAGUAAAGCUUAUGUAGGCAUUGUAUCCACUGAUAACACACCACCCAUGAAGACAAAGCUUGGGAGAUUGCAGUGAGUUACAUAAAUACAGGUGAAUGGAAGAGAUCAAGGCGUGUGUGGGUAAGACAGACAUACAGUAUAUUGAAACACCCACAUAAUCUGUUUUUUUGUUUUGUUUUUUUCCCAAUACAAACGUUUUUGAUGCUGUUACAAGUGUUCCUGUUGAGUUUCCCGUGUGCCGGUUAGUUUGUGAUCACUUAAAGCAACAAUACGUAACUUGGCAAUUUGCCUCCUCCUACAGUUGCUGAGUGUAACUGAGUUGGACCCAACUGUCGUAAAUACCAGUUGCGCUUUCCCCCACUCUUCUUGGAUGGUGGUACAUGUGCAUUUGCUUAAGCUGUUACUGAACUGGGAAAGAAAACAUCAGAAGCCAAAGAAUGGUAACAUAAUAUUACAGGAUUUUAUACAAAUAUGAUAUUUGUAUAAAAUAUUUUUAUUUAUUGUGACAUCAAAGAUAAACACUCAGAACAAUGGCAGUUUUUUGUUUUGUUUUAGUGAAAUGCUGCUUGUAUUUUCAGAUAGUUUGCUAAGCUUUUGAAUGUGGAUGUGUGUAAUGGAAUAAACUGUUGUUGGCGACAUAAUAUAGGCUCAUAUUGCACAUUGGGCAAUGUAAUUUAUUUCAAGCUAGCUGAGAUGCGUUUGUUAGGCUUCAGACUUCAAAGACUUGUUUGUUGUGACCAUGACAAAGACUGACCAAACUUUCAGGUUUGAGAUAAAUGUAUUUAUUUGGGGGACUGAGGAAGAUGAGUUUUUACAUCUGGGAAAAAACUACAAAUCUCAGUAAGAUGCUAAUUACCCAGACUGAAACAUAUGGCUAUUAACAUAUACUCUAAACCUAAACUUAACCAUUCCACCUCAUUAUCAGCAUUCACGAAUUGGCUUGGUAGUUACUGAGAUAGCUAUAAAAAAAAAAUCUAUAUCAGUUUGUUUAGUUCAGUGGACUGACUCCACCAGUGGCGCCUGCAGCCCCAGUUCUGUGCGCGCUGUCCUUAUGUUUUAAAAAUGAUUUUUUACACCAUUGCCUCUGGUGGUCAUUGUACAGCACAGAAAUGUAGUUUCACAUUUAUGGCCCGAGGAGCUAUCUGAUAUAACAUCGCACUCCCCUGGAGUGGAUCAUACUUCUACUCCCUAACGUAAGCAUGCAGCUUGUAGUCGGUGACAGCAGCCACACACGAUUGUACCUGCUGUCAACAAUGCCUUAGCAACAUCCAGGCAUAUGCAGAGUAUUUUUUAUUUAUCGCUCAUGAGCUGCAGUCAUGUGUUAUUUUGUGUACUAUUUAUUGUGCAUGGAUUUAAGUGUCAGAUCAGAGAUCCUCAAGGACCGGCAGGGGCGCACCUCCUGAGAGCAACGCUGGUCACUGGGUGGAAAGUUGGUAUGAGAGGGUGUCGGUGAGAGAGAGACUGCUGAACUGGAUGAGCUACGGAGGUGUUGCUCAAAGCCAAUGUGUGCGCUGCGCAGGGGGCAUGUUAUUACGAGACAAACCAGUAUGUUGUAAUAACGUGAAAAAUGUUUUAACGUGACCGAGCAAAGUAUUUUGUUAAAAUGACAAAAGAUUCUCGUUAAAACAUAAUAUAAUCCUGCAGGCUCCAGUGGACUCCACUAAACUACAGUUUCCUAGUGAACCAGAGGAAGUUAAACAAAAAACACAAUAUCCUGAAUUUGGAAACCUUAUCACUCCAUUAAUGCUGACUGAAUGAGCUCAUAUACAUCACUGACACCCAUUUCCGUUUUAGGUAUCAGGCAUUUUAUGCACUGUGAUUUCUCCAAUAGACCUACGUGAUGGAGCCGCCCCUGGUUGCCGGAGAUCUGUAAAACAACUGGAAAGCCUCUAUAGUGGUAAUAAGGUCGUCCGCCAUAUGCUGCAGUGACAGAUUUAUAGUGAAGUCAGCCUUCAUCAAUCAGCACAAUCAAAAGACACGAGGAGGCAGACAAAGCUUGUCCUGAGAGAUUACUGCAGAAAACAAUUAACUGAGGCCACACACACACAAACGGCGUUCUCCCAGUUGCUCCUGGGCCACACAGCCUGUAAUUUGUCAUGACAGUCUCUCUGUGCUGUUACUGCAGUAGUUGUAUUAGGGUCAGGCCCUCAUUCACUUUGGAGUCAAAUUAGGAACACACACACAUACACACACACACACACACACACACACACAUUCACAAAUGUUUACUGGCAAGCAUGUAAAAUAGCCUCACUUUCACAGUGACAUGAGUAAACCUGCAGCGAUGUAAGUUCCUACAGCCUUUGCCUGAGUAAUGCAUAACAUAAUAAUGGUGACUGAUUCUGUAUGUGUGUAGAUGUAAAGAAACAACAGUCCAAGACCAACGGCUUUAUGUGAAGAAUAACUACAGCCAGAAACAUGUUUGGACUGUAAGCCAAUUAUCUCAUGUACAAACCCUGUGUAUGAUCCUGAACACACACCAUCUUUUUUGUGUAUAUCUUUACACUUCUACAUUUGUGAAUAUUCUGUGUGUGUGUGUCACAGUGAGAAACCCACUUAUGCGAUCUCACCCAUCACAGUUUAGAUACAGUAUUUAGCACUUUCAAGCUUGAAGUGCGACAACUAUUCUUCCAUCAUCCACAGUUAAUUACUGUUUCUCUCUCUGUCUUUGUGUUACUUUCAUUUGUGAACACAGCUUAGGGAAGAGUAAUACGAGCUAACACACACUUUACACCCACCUAAACUGAACAAUGCUGAAGAAAACAUGCUAUGCAUACCAUUUCUGCUGGCUAUUUGGCGUACUUACUGUAUGUGUCUAAUAAAUCAUUCUGAUGUUUAAUAGAUGAUGAGGCUGUCUGUGCUAAAACCAGUGUAAAUGUAGCGCUAAAAGGAACAUGACAUGUGCCUGUAGCUGCAUUCUUUGUCAUUUUCUGAAAUCAAGACUUAAGUAUGUCUGAAAUUAGGUUAGGCUAUAAAAGAGUUAUAUUCAUUUGGGUUGACAUGGGGCUUGGCUCUUUGAUUUCUGAGUACAGUUUGACACCAGAUGCGUAAAGAGCAUUUGUUCAGACUUCUGGUUCCUGCCCUGUAUAGUGUACAGAUGAGAGGCAGAAACAGGCGACUCUCCCUUCUUGGGCUCAGCUUUUUUUUAAACAUAAGUUCAUUUGUGAAGGGCUAGAACAUGCAUUCCUGAAGAUGCACUGUUCAAUACUAACUCUGUGUAUUUGUGGUAUCAUCUAUUUGUUCUUGCAUGGGGAAGGUUGCAAAUCCCACUUUGUGUUUCACCUCACUAACCAGAACCAGUGUUACACAUGUGCUGAAGUAAAAUGAAAUGUGAGAUCUCCAUAUCAGAUAAUAAUGUAUGUGAUCCUGACUAUGCCAAAACCUUUGCUGAGUCGGUUAUAAAGUACACACUUGUUUCUGACAGUGUACAGCCAUGGAUACUGUAUGUCCUUUUCUGUGUGGUUACUUUUAUCUAUGUGCCUUGAAACUUAAUAUAAAAUCAUGUCAUGACAUUAGUGUAUAGAAAAACAACACUGGAACCUAUUCCUCCCCCGAGCCAAACAACCAAAGGCAUUUGUGCAUGUUGGUAGCCAAAUCAUAACAGAGACUUGCUGUGUGCCAUUCUUAGUUCCAUUUCCCCAGCUUACAUUGCCUCUGUUUGUGUGGUAUAAUUUCAGAAACAGAUGCUUAUUUGUGAUGCUUUACUGUCACAUAGAAUAGAAUGUGAUCAUUGACAGGCCAGUGUCCUUAUUUCUGUAAUUAAAAUGCAGGCUGCUUCCUGCUCCCAUGGUCUAACAGGUGUAUUUGUGUGUCAGUGAGUGUGCACACUGUAUGUACCCUAUGUGUGUAUCAAUGGACGUGUUUGUACUGUAUAGCUCCCUUGGAUGACUGCACUAUAUACUGUAUGAAGGAUAUAUCUUAUAAGAUUUCCUGCAAUGUGAAAGGUCAGUCCUCUAUGUAUUUCCUGCCUAAUGGAUUAAGAAGGACAGUGACAACAUCUCCAUUGACUCUAUAAGGAAUAUUUU